GUAUAAAGCAGCAACAUGUGGUUGAAAAGCUCAAACGCUCAGCUUGUCUCCAGCAUGAAGCUUAACUCCCAGCUAGUUGCCUUCCUGACCCUCGUCUGUGUCUCGUUAGUGAGGGAGUCACACAGUGCGUUUGUUCCAGGAAGAUGUUUGUGUCCAAAAGUGCAAAAAGGUGUCAGGGGGGAACUGAAAGAGCUCCUUGUUUUACCAAAAAGUGCCACCUGUAGCAAUGUCACAGUCAUAGUGACACUAAAAAAUGAUGCAGGCGUGUGUUUGGAUCCAGAGGCGCUGAUGGCCAAACAGCUGAUUCGCUGCUGGAAUAGAGCUCAUAAGUUGGAUCGUGAUGUGAAGCUGUGUCUGAAGCGGAGAAGAAUGAGAGGUGGUCAGCGUCAGCGGCAAAGACAGAGGAGACGUGGUCAAAUCAAGAAUGCAUCAUCCUCAGUCCCACAAUAAAUUAGGCAGACUGACUAAUGGCAUUAAGCUACUACAUGGAAAGACGUGUGUAGAGGCUGUUGUAAAUUCAGUCCACUGGUGGCUGUUAAAAGCAGCGUACUACCACUUUUUAUAAAUGUCACAAAGAUCAGACAUCAUGCUCGCUUGAGUUUCGGUCUGAGCUGUAUAUCUCUUCGUAGGCCAGCAGCAGGGCGCUUUGUUUCAACCCCUGCAAAUGACUGAUGUAAUGUUGAAAAUUGAAGCCCUGGAGGCUUACCAUAAAUGGUGACAGGUUUCGCUUUAAAGCAUUGUUAAAUGGUCAAUAUAUGUGGUUCUGUAUAAGCAACUGGAAAAUCUGACUGACUAAAGACUUGUGUUAGUUAUUUAUUUUUAUAUGAAUAUGGGAAUAUUUCAGACAUGUUUUUUUUAAUAAAUAUAAUAGAACAA